AUGAGUUCUGCCACUACCAGACAUAUCGUCGCGUUGGGGCGCCUGGCAACAAGGCCGACAAAGACAAAAGGCAAGCCACGGACCGUGGUAAAUACGUGUGUUAGGCCAUCAUCCACGAUAUCCCCCACCGCCAUUGCUUCCACGCACUCGACUCCCCAAACAUACAAAUUCAAACUGCAGAAUGCAGCUAGAGAAUUCCAUGUUAAGGUCCCUCGGAAGAGUGGAUCGACUGGCACCGCCGAAGCCUCCAACCCAGCGAUGGCAUUUCCUUGUCUAGACGCGCUCGAAUCGAAAUCCGCAACGCUCGCAGCUCGAUCAAUGUCUGCCGCCAGCGGCCCGGAACCUUCAUAUACGAGCGGUGCAACUCUAAGCUACCACUGCCAGGAUUCGUUAUUGUUGGACUGGGGUGGCGUCCUACCAGAUUUCGACAUAGCCUACGAGACUUGGGGCGAACUAAAUGCCGAUAGAUCUAAUGUGAUCCUCCUUCAUACCGGCCUCUCGGCAUCCUCGCAUGCUCAUUCAACAGAGAAGAACCCGAAACCCGGCUGGUGGGAAAAGUUUAUUGGACCAGGUGGCUGUUUGGACACGAACAAGUACCAUAUAAUAUGCACCAAUGUCAUAGGAGGAUGCUAUGGCUCUACUGGACCCAGUAGCAUCGAUCCAGCCGAUGGGCAGAGAUAUGCUACGAGAUUUCCGAUCCUUACCAUGCAAGAUAUGGUUCGCGCACAAUUCCGACUUCUCGAUGGCCUUGGAAUCAAAAAGUUAUAUGCAAGCGUGGGAGCUAGUAUGGGAGGGAUGCAAUCACUAGCAGCUGGCGUCUUGUUCCCAGAGAGAGUUGGUAGAAUUGCCACCAUUUCUGGAUGUGCACGGAGCCAUCCUUAUAGCAUUGCAAUGCGGCAUACACAAAGACAAGUUCUCAUGAUGGAUCCGAAAUGGAAUCGAGGCUUUUACUACGACAGCAUUCCGCCGCACGCCGGGAUGAAGCUCGCUCGAGAAAUCGCUACUGUCACAUAUCGAUCCGGUCCGGAAUGGGAGCAGAGGUUUGCUCGACGUCGCGCAGACCCCCGCAAGCCUCCUGCUCUAUGUCCCGAUUUCCUCAUCGAGACAUAUUUAGACCAUGCGGGGGAGAAAUUCAGCUUGGAGUAUGAUGCGAAUAGUCUUCUCUAUGUCAGCAAAGCAAUGGAUCUCUUUGAUCUCGGCGCUGCUGCUCAAUCUGCGAGUGCUGCUCGUCGCACCGCACAUGCCGAGCGUCUGGCAUCUGCACACCCUGAAACAUUGGAGCGAGAAGCAUCUUGCAGUCUAACGCUCCCAGAGACUCCGUAUGAAGAGCAACCAGAAGCAAAUACGCCUAGUGAUUUAUCGUCUCCCGUGACAACCCCAACAGGGCCUCCCCAAGACCUGGUACUGGGGUUGAAAGGAUUGAGGGAUCAUCCCACCCUGGUUAUGGGGGUUGAGAGUGAUAUUUUAUUCCCAGCAUGGCAGCAGAGAGAGAUUGCCGAGACUUUGCGAAAAGCAGGCAAUAAGAGUGUCACACAUGUGGAGUUAGGGGAGGACACAAGUCUCUUUGGGCAUGAUACCUUUUUGUUGGACUUGGAUCAUGUUGGGGGGAAUCUAAGGGAAUUCCUGGCCUGA